AUGGCCAAAAGCGGAGAGGCCCUGCCACAGGGCAGCCCAGCACUGGUCCAGGAUCCCCACCUCAUCAAGGUGACAGUGAAGACGCCCAAAGACAAGGAGGAUUUCUCAGUUACAGACACUUGCACCAUCCAGCAGCUGAAGGAAGAGAUAUCCCAGCGCUUUAAGGCCCACCCUGACCAGCUAGUCCUAAUCUUUGCUGGCAAAAUCCUCAAGGACCCUGACUCACUAGCACAGUGUGGAGUGCGAGAUGGCCUCACUGUCCACCUGGUCAUCAAGAUGCAGCGCCGCACCAUGGGCGCUGAGUGCCCACCUGCUUCAGUCCCUACCCUAGCUCCAAGCCCUCGAUCACUGCCUCAACCAAGCUCCAUUAACCCAGCAGAUGGGCCACACACUUUUAGCUUAAGUGUCCUCACAGGCCUUAAUGGGCUGGACCUGACAUCUGGUAGUUUCCCUGACCAGCCAAGCUCACCAAUGUGGCAGCACAUAUCUGUGCCUGAGUUUGUGGCUCAGAUCAUUGAUGACCCCUUCAUACAGGGUCUGUUGUCCAACACAGGCCUGGUACGGCAGCUGGUUCUUGAUAAUCCUCAUAUGCAGCAGCUGAUCCAGCAUAACCCUGAGAUUGGACAUAUUCUCAACAACCCUGAAAUCAUGCGGCAGACCCUGGAGUUUCUACGCAACCCUGCCAUGAUGCAAGAGAUGAUGCGUAGCCAGGACCGGGCACUCAGUAACCUGGAGAGCAUCCCUGGUGGCUACAAUGUGCUUCGUACCAUGUACACAGAUAUUAUGGACCCAAUGCUUAAUGCAGUACAGGAGCAUUUUGGUGGCAAUCCCUUUGCUACUACCACUAGUGCCAAUGCUACCAGCAGCAGCAGCCAACCUUCAAGGAUGGAGAAUUGUGACCCUCUUCCCAACCCCUGGGCUUCCACAUAUGGAGAUUCAGGUAGCAGGCAAGGCAGGCAGCCUGGGCACCAGGAUGUAUCUGAAAUUAGAAAUAGGGUUCCCAACAUUCUGGAUAAUAUAGGGCUCUAUGACUAUCUCCAGCAAUUAUAUGAGAGCCCCCAGUCCCUGGGAACCUACCUGCAGGGGACUCCAUCCACCCUUAGCCCAAGCCAAGAACCAGUGCCACCAGGAAACCGAGUUCCGCCAACUCCACCCUCAUCCCAGGAUCCUGAGUCAGGCCAGCCUCUCCCCAAGGAGUCAGUAGCAAUCAAGGGAAAGUCUUCCUGCCCAGCGUUCCUGAGAUAUUCCACAGAGAGCAGUACUAGACAAGAGGGAGGCCAAGAUGGUGCAGGGAACAGCUCUAGUGGCCACAAUACCAACGUGCCUGAUCUUGUCUCAGGGCUGGGGGAUGCUGCCAACAGAGUCCCAUUUGUUUCUUCACCACCUUCCCCCAUGGAAGCUACCUCUGGAAUCCCUGAGCAUGCCUGGCUGCCACCACCAGCUUAUCCAAGAUCUCUGAGGCCAGCUGGAAUGAAUCAGGCCCCACAGUUGCAGGAUGAGAUGCAUCGGCAGUUGCCGCCGCUACCGCAUCUUCAGGCAGCCAUGGCAAACCCUCGUGCCAUGCAUGCCCUGCUACAGAUUGAGCAGGGUCUGCAGAUCCUGGCUACAGAAGCACCUUGCCUCCUGCUGUGGUUCAUGCCUUGUCUAGCAGGGCUGGGAAGUAUAGCAGGAAGUACAGAGCCUAGAGAAUGUGUCUCUAUGCCUGAGAUUGCCCCCUCAGUCCCAGCUCCUGAGGUCCCUCUAGCACAGGGCUCUAUGGAGCUGGGCUUCCAUUCCAUUCCCUUCCUCCAGAUGUUGCAAGCGUUAGCUAGUGCCAAUCUCCAGCAGCUGCAGCCAGAGACUCACUUCCGCGUGCAGCUAGAGCAACUUCGGGCCAUGGGCUUUCUGAAUCCUGAAGCCAAUCUCCAGGCCCUCAUCGCCACGGGGGGCGAUGUGGAUGCUGCUGUGGAGAAGCUGAGGCAGUCGUAG